CAACAAACAACAAACCAGCAACAAAAGUGCCAUAUGCAACCGAUAAGACUGUGUGAAUGGUCAAGUGGUCAUCAGCAUCGAAGCGAUUUUCUCUCAGUGUGCGUGACUGACUGAGUGCGUCGUGUGUGAGUGAGAGAGCCAGAGAGAACGAUAGAGGGAGACGUGAGAGCUAACGCGAAAACGUGAGAGAGAAGGAGAGAGAGAGAGAGACGGAGUGAGACGAGAUCAAAAUGACGGACGCUCGGGGCAGCGGCGUCCCCGCUGCGGAAUUCGUAUGAGCUAGAUCCCAGCCAGGUUCCAAGGAGGAAGAGAUCGGUUCCUGUUCCAGAACGGCGUUCUGGAUCCAACGUACCAACCUGUGGAAGGUGGAGGGGGAGCCAGUGAACCCGAACCAAACCCGUAACCAUAACCGUGACCGUAACCCAAACCAAAACCAUAACCAGGAGCAACCAGGAGUUCCUCCGCCGGCCAUCUAUUCAUCAGCUGACAAGUGUCAUCCGUCAACACCUGUCAGUUGUCAGAGCAACUCAGCGCCCCGGCCAGCAGCAGCUGUCAGCGGAAGCGGAAGUGGGUGUGAAAGCAGGAGUGAAAGUGGAAGUGGUACUGGCAGAACACCGGGAUAGCAUAACCAGGAAAAGGAACAGGAACAGUUGCGGGAACAGGAGCAGGAGCAGGAGCAGCAGAAGCAGGCGAGGAUUGGUGUAGGCGGCAAAAUGCCUGGCGGACGACGUGGACUGGUUGCGCCGCAAAACACAUUCCUCGAAAACAUCAUCCGGCGAUCCAACUCGCAGCCGGACAGCUCGUUCCUUUUGGCCAACGCACAAAUCGUCGAUUUCCCGAUCGUCUACUGCAAUGAGUCCUUCUGCAAGAUCAGCGGCUAUAACCGGGCCGAGGUCAUGCAGAAGUCGUGCAGGUAUGUAUGCGGCUUCAUGUAUGGCGAGCUGACAGACAAGGAGACUGUGGGAAGGCUGGAGUACACGCUGGAGAACCAGCAGCAGGAUCAGUUUGAGAUUUUGCUCUACAAGAAGAACAAAACCCCGCUAUGGCUGCUGCUGCAGGUGGCACCGAUCCGCAACGAAAGGGACCUGGUCGUCCUCUUCCUGCUGACCUUCCGGGACAUAACGGCCCUGAAGCAACCCAUCGACAGCGAGGACACCAAAGGAGGUCUCUCAAAGUUCGCCAAAUUGGCAAGAUCGGUGACAAGGAGUCGCCAGUUCAGCGCCCAUCUGCCCACGCUGAAGGAUCCCACAAAGCAGUCCAAUCUGGCGCAUAUGAUGUCGCUGAGUGCGGAUAUCAUGCCACAGUAUCGGCAGGAAGCGCCCAAAACGCCGCCACACAUACUCCUGCAUUAUUGUGCAUUUAAAGCAAUUUGGGACUGGGUGAUAUUGUGUUUAACAUUUUAUACAGCCAUCAUGGUGCCAUACAAUGUAGCGUUUAAAAAUAAAACCUCAGAGGAUGUUUCCCUGCUCGUGGUCGAUUCAAUAGUCGAUGUUAUAUUCUUUAUAGAUAUUGUUUUAAACUUCCACACAACUUUCGUGGGUCCUGGCGGCGAGGUGGUCAGCGAUCCCAAGGUGAUCCGUAUGAACUACCUGAAAUCGUGGUUCAUCAUCGAUCUGCUCAGCUGCCUGCCGUACGACGUGUUCAACGCGUUCGAUCGGGACGAGGAUGGGAUCGGGUCCCUGUUUAGUGCCCUCAAGGUUGUCCGCCUGCUCCGGCUGGGACGGGUGGUACGUAAGCUGGAUCGCUACCUGGAAUACGGUGCGGCCAUGCUCAUACUCCUGCUCUGCUUCUACAUGCUGGUGGCCCACUGGCUGGCCUGCAUUUGGUAUUCGAUUGGGCGCAGCGAUGCCGACAAUGGGAUCCAGUACAGUUGGCUGUGGAAGCUGGCCAAUGUGACGCAAUCGCCGUAUUCGUAUAUAUGGAGUAAUGACACCGGGCCGGAAUUAGUGAACGGGCCGUCACGGAAGAGCAUGUACGUGACGGCCCUAUACUUUACCAUGACGUGCAUGACCUCGGUGGGCUUUGGCAAUGUCGCCGCGGAGACAGACAACGAGAAGGUGUUCACCAUCUGCAUGAUGAUCAUUGCAGCCCUGCUGUAUGCCACAAUCUUUGGGCACGUGACCACCAUUAUCCAGCAGAUGACCUCGGCCACGGCCAAGUACCACGACAUGCUGAACAACGUAAGGGAAUUCAUGAAACUCCAUGAGGUGCCGAAGGCUCUCAGUGAGCGAGUAAUGGACUAUGUCGUCUCCACCUGGGCCAUGACCAAGGGUCUGGACACCGAGAAGGUACUAAACUAUUGUCCGAAAGAUAUGAAGGCUGACAUAUGUGUUCAUCUAAAUCGCAAAGUAUUUAACGAGCAUCCGGCAUUUCGUCUGGCCUCGGAUGGUUGUCUCCGGGCACUGGCGAUGCACUUUAUGAUGUCCCAUUCGGCGCCGGGGGAUCUGCUUUAUCACACCGGCGAGAGCAUCGACAGUCUUUGCUUCAUUGUCACCGGCAGCCUGGAGGUUAUACAGGACGACGAGGUUGUGGCAAUAUUGGGCAAGGGCGACGUCUUCGGUGAUCAAUUCUGGAAGGACUCGGCCGUCGGCCAGAGCGCGGCCAACGUGCGCGCCCUAACCUAUUGUGAUUUGCAUGCCAUCAAACGUGAUAAAUUGCUCGAAGUCCUCGAUUUCUAUUCGGCAUUUGCGAAUAGCUUUGCACGCAAUCUGGUGCUCACCUACAAUCUCAGACAUCGACUGAUUUUUCGCAAGGUGGCCGAUGUGAAGCGCGAAAAAGAAUUGGCCGAACGGCGUAAGAAUGAGCCGCAAUUGCCCCAGAAUCAGGAUCAUCUCGUCCGGAAGAUAUUCUCGAAAUUCCGACGAACGCCACAGGUGCAGGCGGGCAGUAAGGAGAUUGUCGGCGGAUCGGGCCAAAGUGAUGUCGAGAAGGGUGACGGCGAGGUGGAGCGUACCAAGAAGCUACCAGCAAAACUGACACUUACCGAGGACGCGCGCAUCCUCGGCACCGCCAACGCAUCCGCAUCCGCAUCCGCGUCCGCCUCUGGGGCGGUGCCCUCGCCAUCGCCAUCCCCCUCGCCAUCCUCGGGUCCACCAUCUGCGCGGAGUACGCGGGCCAGCAAGUGGGGACGCCUCCUGGGCAGUUCAAGCGUCGAUUCAGCUAGCGACACCAGCGCCAAGGUAGCCGUCUCGAGAAGUUUGAGCGCCCGCGAAAGCCUCCGAGAGAGCACCGCCCAAGCGCGGCAGAGUAGUACUUCGAGUAGCAAUGGUGGACAAGGCAACAAACAUUUACAAUUAAGCAAAGUUUUUCCCAAGGCGCCCAAGCUGCAGGCAAGCCAGGCGACCCUAGCCCGCCAGGACACCAUCGACGAGGGUGGCGAGGUGGAUUCCUCACCACCCAGUCGUGACAGUCGUGUGGUCAUCGAGGGAGGAGCUGCCGCUGCCGCCGGAGCAGCAGGUGCCACUGGAGGCCCGUCAGGUGUAGUGGCCACCAUCGAGACUGGUGGAGGAGCUGGCAAAACGGAACGCAACCUGGCAUUGGAGCGAGAACGGCAGAUCGAGAUGGCCAGCUCGAGGGCCACCACCUCGGAUACCUAUGACACGGGACUGCGCGAGACGCCGCCCACGCUGGCGCAGCGCGAUCUCAUCGCCACCGUGCUGGACAUGAAGGUGGACGUGCGGCUGGAGCUGCAACGCAUGCAGCAGCGCAUCGGUCGCAUCGAAGAUCUGCUUGGCGAGCUGGUCAAGCGACUAGCACCGCCGGGAACUACACCGGGUGGAGUUGGUGGCAGCUCUGCUCCGGAUAACAGCAGUGGCCAGACCACGCCCGGCGACGAGAUCUGCGCAGGCUGCGGCGCGGGCGGCGGCGGCAGUGGAGCCGUGGUUACGCCCACCACAACCACAGCCCAGACGCUGACUCAGACGCCGUCCGUGGUUACCAGUCCCGUGGAUACUGUGAUAACCAUCUCAUCUCCAGGAGGAUCGGGAUCGGGACAGGGACAGGAAUCUGGGGCUGGAGCUGCAACUGGAGCUGCAACUGGAGCUGGCGCUGGUGGCGGCCUGCUAAAUCCGGGCGCCCCAGCUGUGUCGAGCGCGGGAGGCAACGGCCUGGGGCCGCUGAUGCUCAAGAAGCGACGCUCGAAGAGCAGGAAAGCACCGGCGCCUCCUAAGCAGACACUCGCCUCGUCGGCCGGCACCGCGACCGCCGCUCCCAUGGGAUCCGUUACCGGAUCUGGCACGAUGUCGGCGCCAGCGUCAGCGGAUCAUCAGCCGGCGACGGACAUGUCGCCACCAGGAGCAGCAGCAACGGCAGCUGCACAACCAACCGGACAGCUGCUACAUCUGCGCCUCCUCGAGGAGGACUUUACGGCUGCCCAGCUGCCCACGACUUCGGCGGGCGUGGGAGCCGGUGUCACUUCCCCCACGGCGGCCACCACACCUACGCCGCCGCCAACGGGCAGCGGUAGUGGCACGCCCACCACCACCCCGACAGGCAGCGGGCCCCGGAGCAGCGGAUCCAAACGGGAAUUCCUCUAGCCCACUAUACCCGAGCGGAUGGAGGAGUCCUCCUCCUCCAGCAGCCAGGAGCAGGAGCAGUAAAGGAGCAGGAGUAGUGGCCCAGUCACGCCCACUCGCAAGCCUACGCCUACGCUUAGUUAGACGAUAUGUUUAAGACACAGCUGUAACCUCAACUCAACACUGAACACACUGAAGCUACUCAUGUCUCACAGCUACCUGGACAGGAUCCAAUGGAUUCCCUGCAGUCUGCACGCAUGUAUGUAUCUACAUAUAUAUGUUGUGUGUGUCGUCCGUUUCGAAGGCUUUCCCCCAAAUAAUCCAUUAAGGAAUAUGGUAAUUUGGGUAAUUAUUUAAUGGCGUUAAGCGUAGUUACUUAUUGGAUAUUGAUGUUCCUUCCAAAUAGGCAACCAUGAUCUCAUGAUGUUAGUUUUUGUAGAGAAAUCCUAGGAUAUUUUUUGGGAUUAUUAAUUUCUGAUAUUCAAAAUAGUUUUCUUAAUAGGUAUUCCUUAAAGUAGUUUAAUUCAGUCUUCGAAUUGAUUUGUACUGAGUACUGAGAGAAGAAUCUAGGGCAAAUUUAAUAGCAAAUUUACUUAUCGAUCUAAAACUGGUCCUAGUCUAAAGGACAUUUUGUAUCGAUAUAUUUUUAGGCGAUAGCUUGAAUAACGUAACGUAACUUGAUAUACAGUUUUUGGGGAUAUUAAAUAUACCUCAAUAUUUUUCAAUUUUUUUUUAUAUUUCCUUCAGUUAUCCCAUAUGAAAUCUUUAAAUUUCAAAACGGAAAUAUAUAUGUAUGUACUUAUGUACAUACGUACAUGCUUUAGGUGAAUCCUGGGUAAAAAAAGAAGAAAGAACAACCAAGAAUAAAUCUAUUUUCGCUAUACAAAUCUCUACCUAUUGCUAUCCCUCUUAAUCUAUCUCUCUCACAUACACAUACUCACACACACUCACACACUCUGAAAGGAAGUGCUCGAUAUUCGAUACUCUUUAACCGUUACAUGAUUAUGAUUAGCGAUAAACGAUAACGAUUACAAUUAAGGCAAGAGCAUAUUGCUUACGAAUUUGCUACAUUUACUGCAAUUAUUUACCUUUAUAUACAGAUAUAUAAAAAACAUUAACACACACAGAGGGACACUAAUACAC